AUUUGAAAUGUGAAUAUAUUUACUGUUAUAUCAAUGUUUCUAUGGAGAUAAUUUUCCUUAGCUAUGUGCAUUUGGUACCACAUCGAAAAAGAGUUAAACAUCGUAAUCUUGAUAAUUACACUUAUAAAAGUAAAGAUUUAAUUAUAUUAUUAUAAUGGCAACAUCAGUUAAAGAACGUAUUGUUCCUGCUGUAGAUACUCUUGUUAAAUAUGACAAUCCUAUUUUGGUUACAACUCAUCCAGAAAAAGUACACAAAGAGCCAAUGCUGGGUAAAGUAGGUUCUACUCUUUGUAAAGUUCAAACAACUCUUCCUACAGCUGAUGUACGUCGUGAAACUGGUGAAAUUUUAAAUGGAAUUUUACCGCCUAAAGAAUGGGAAGAAGAUGGACAAAUUUGGACGCAGCAAGUUUCAAGUACUCCUGCUACAAGAUUGGAUGUUAUUAAUCUACAAGAACAGCUUGAUAUGAAAUUGCAACAGAGACAAGCAAGAGAAACUGGAAUUUGUCCUGUACGCAGAGAACUUUAUACGCAAUGUUUUGACGAAUUGAUACGACAAGUUACAAUAAAUUGUGCUGAGCGUGGUUUGCUAUUACUGAGAGUAAGAGAUGAAAUCAAAAUGACUCUGGCUGCUUAUCAAACUUUAUAUCAGAGUAGUAUUGCAUUUGGAAUGCGAAAAGCACUUCAGGCUGAACAAGGCAAAGAAGAUUUAGUUGCAAUUGCGGAUGAAUUACGACAACAAAAAAUACAAUUAGAAAAUUCACUGACAGAAUUGAGGCACAAAUUUGAUUUAACAGAAAGAAGAUCUGCGGAAUUAAGAGAAGCAGAAGAAAAGAAAUACACGGAAGAAAUUCAAUUUCUGAAAAAAACGAAUUUGCAAUUGAAGACUCAAUUGGAGGGUAUUAUAGCGCCAAGAAAAUAAAUAAUAACCAUACCUACAAUUAUUUAUGACACAUUCAUCAUGAUAAAAUAUUUACAAAGUCCAAUUAGGACUCCAUAUGAAAAUACGAGAACCCAUCACUCGCAUAUGGUGGUUUCUUAUGAUUAAUAGUCCUGCAGCACUUCCUGUGGUAAUUUUUUCGAUAUCUUGAAAACGAUUGAAUACACCUGGGAUGUGGUGUAUUGUUCUAAACCCCUAUACAACUAACUAAGACAUCGUGGAAUAUAUAUAUGACAUUUUUAAAGAUAAAUAUAUUUAAAAUUAAUAUAUAACUAUUUAUAUUAUGAUAAAUACAAACUAUUUUUUAAUAAGUUUUUGUUCAUCAAUGAUAUACUGCGUUUACAAAUUCGUUUAUAUAAUAUUAUAAAAUGUAUAUCGAUUUUUUUUUAUUAGAGAAUACAAUUA